AUGAAUAUCGAUAAUCCUGAACAGAAUUAUUUCUUAAUAAACGAUUGGAAAGAUGUUGUCUAUGAUGAAAUAGAAGAACUGCAAGAAGAAUUAGAGGAAAUAAAAGAAGAUUCGAUCGAGAGUUUAUUUUUCGACCAGGUCACAACAAAUUUAUCUCAAAAAAGUCGAUCCAGAUUUUUGGAUGUUGUCGUCAAAUUGAAUCAAAUAAGAAUCGAACAUAAUAUAAGCGUAAAAGCUAUCAAAUCUAUUAGCGAUCUGUAUAUGGACCUGAUAACAAAUCCACCAAAAGAAUCAUUUUUUAAUGAAGGAAUUUCAAAAAUCACAAAAUCGAAAUAUUUAUUGGAUAAGUCAAUCAAAAGAAUGCCUAAUUACAUCAGUCCAAUAAGAUACAAAAACUUAAAAUACGACAUUAAUUUUGUAUACAUGCCAAUCAAAAAAAUCAUUCCUCAACUAAUGAGCGAAGCUGUAACAGCAUCUAUUCUAAAAGAGAAUGAUAGUAACGUAUCUGCUUAUGUGAAAGAAAAUAAAUUGGCUAGAACAAUACGUUUAAUUUUAUAUGCCGAUGACUUUGGGAUGGUGAACCCAAUUGGGUACGCCAAAGGUAGACACAAAAUUUUGGCAUUUUAUAUGGACAUCGAUUGUCCGAUCGAAUUAAGACAAAAGUCAAGGUCUAUUCCUUUUGUUAUUUUGGCUGAAAGAAAUAAAAAUCUAAAAUCUGAAAAUUUAGUAUUGGUAUUAAAACCAUUUAUUGAUGAACUAUUGAUUUUGCAGUUUUAUCUUGAAAAAUUUGAUAUCGAAUUACCAGUUAAGCUUGCAUUUAUCAUUGGAGAUAAUCUUUCCGUAGCCGAACUUCUUGGAUUUAAACAGACAUUCGGGCCGGGCUUUAUUUGCAGAUAUUGUCAACAUACCUACAAACAAAUCAAGAAUCCAGAAAUUCGAUGUUCAAAUCCUCUUAAUAUCACACUAUCGGAUGAAGUACUUCGGACUGAAAUAGAUAAAGUGAAAUCAAACAAAAAUCAUAAAAGUACAUUUGGAAUAAAAUAUCCUUCGCCAUUUUUACAUAUGGAUUUGAACAUAUUUAAAAUAUCACCACCUGAUGUAUUUCACGAUUUUACUGAAGGGGUUUUAGCUACAUUACUGUCAUUCAUUUUGAAAAAAACAAAGAUCAAUUGGGACGAGCUGGACCGGCGAAUGUCCAGAAUCAAAUGGAUAAACGAAAAAAUAACGAUAGGACCGCAGUUCCAAAUAAAUGGAAAAGCAGCACAAAAAUUUGAAUUUUUUACACGUCUAAUCGAGAUUUUUCCUGAAUGGGUGGAAACAACCUCCAUAUCUGAAUUUUACGAUAUUUCGAGAAAGGUCAUUCACAGGAUUUUUAACAAAUCCGAAAAUUCUGGUUCAUCCGAACUAGAUUCAUUAAUCUCAUCAUUCAUUGAGAUGAUGGAGACAAAUAACAUGGUUACUCCAAAAUUGCAUUUCAUUUCACAUUAUUCUGAAAUGAUGAACUUUUACGGCAAUUUAGGUAAAUUUGCCACAAUGUGC